UGCCCCCAUUCAGCCUCGGUGCUGUAACACUGUGAAUGCAACGUGCUAGAGGAAAGAGAGAGCAAUGAGCUCCUAUUUUACAAUAUGACGAUUUUAUAUUACGGCUUACAUCCAGGCUCAAUAAUUUCUGAAAACCGUUCUAUGAGAAUUUUACCUGCGAUGAUGGAUUUCAGACUGUUUCAAUGUAGUAUGUCGAUUGGAAUUAUUGUGUUAUAGCGGACCAAGGAUGACAAAGAGAAAAGGAUAUCGAGAAUGGAGAUGGCAGGCGCUUUGGUGGCAUCAUUUCUUUCUCUUGUGGAGUACAAUAGACGGACAGACUCGUUACAGCAUCACAGAGGAACUAAAACAGGGAUCUGUGGUAGGAAAUUUAGCCAAAGAUCUCGGGUUGGGACUGUCUGAAAUUUUUGACCGUAAACUGCGUGUCGCCUCUGAGGCUGGUGAGCAGUAUUUCAGUGUGGAUGCGGGGAAGGGCGAGCUGGUGGUGAAUGACAGAAUAGACAGAGAGGCUUUAUGCGGACAAAGCGUCAACUGUGUGUUGCCACUGCAGGUGGUUAUUGAAGACCCGUUGCAACUUUUUCGUGUUGAAGUCGAAAUUCUAGAUAUUAAUGACAAUGCACCUAAAUUUCCUUCAGUUGAUAUCACAUUAGAGAUUGCAGAAUCGACAGUUAUAGGAGUUCGAUUUCCUCUAGAAAGCGCCAUAGACCCAGAUGUUGGCAGUAAUUCACUUAAGUCUUACACUCUCAGUAAAGACGAAUGUUUUAAUAUUAGAAUAAAGGAAGUAGCUGGUGGAAGGAAAGUCCCUGAGUUAAUUUUAGCGAAAGUUUUAGAUCGAGAGAAAAAUGCUAUUCACAAGCUUCUUUUGACAGCUCUAGAUGGAGGAAAUCCAGUGAGAUCAGGGACUGCCCAGAUAACUAUAGCAGUACUUGACAAUAACGAUAACGUUCCUGCUUUUGAUAAAACGUUAUAUAAAGUAUCUGUUAGUGAAAAUGCUGCAGAAGGUGCGUUAGUAGUACAAACAAAGGCGACAGACUUGGACGAUGGUCAGAACGGAGAGAUUGAAUAUUUCUUUGGAGCGCACACGUCAGAUGCUGUUCUGUCUAUUUUUACUAUUGAUCAUGUAUCAGGAACGAUAUUCCUUAAAGGUAAAUUAGAUUUCGAAACGACUGGAAAUUAUGAAAUAGACAUAAGUGCAAAAGAUAAAGGCAGUCCGAGAAUGGAGGGGCAUUGUACUGUGCAUGUUGACGUUUUAGAUGUGAACGAUAAUGCUCCAGAAAUAAUACUUACCUCUCAUCCAAAGCCAGUGCGCGAAGACUCGCCUAAUGGCACCGUAGUGGCUUUAAUCAGUGCCAGAGACCUUGACUCCGGCGAAAACGGUAAAGUGACUUUACAGCUUCCUAAGCAAUCUCGAUUUGCUCUGAAACCCUCAUUUUCCCGUAAUUACGCACUGGUUACCAGUGGUGUUUUAGAUCGAGAAAAUAUCUCUGAAUAUAAUAUUGAAAUAACAGCCACGGAUUCAGGCUCUCCUCCUCUGUCCAGUAAGAAAACUAUACCUGUCAGCAUCACUGAUGUAAAUGACAACCCUCCUAUAUUCACUCAGCCCUCCUAUAAUGUGUAUUUAAAAGAGAACGGAGUACCAGGUUCUAUACUGUUCUCAGUAUCAGCCUCUGACCUGGAUUUUGGAGAAAACGCUAAAAUCUCUUACUCUAUUCUGGACUCUAAAGUGCAGGACGUUUCUGUCUCGUCUUAUGUUUACAUCAACUCAGAUAACGGCAGCAUCUACAGCAUGCACUCGUUUGACUAUGAGAAGCUGAAGGUGUUUCAGAUUCAGGUUCAGGCAAAGGAUCAGGGCUCUCCGUCUCUCAGCAGCAACGCCACAGUCCAUGUUUUCAUCCUGGACCAGAACGACAAUGCCCCCGCUGUUAUUUACCCCUCCUCCGCUGCCCUGGGCUCCCUCUCUCAUCAGAGGAUGCCCCGCUCGGCCAAAGCGGGUCACCUGGUUACCAAGGUGACGGCUGUGGACGCUGACUCGGGCCACAACGCGUGGAUCUCGUACAAAGUGUCGGAGGCCACAGACGCGUCUCUGUUCACUGUCAAUCUGUACACAGGGGAGGUGAGGACUAAACGCGCUGUGUCCGAGCAGGACGACUCCUCUCAGAGGCUGCUGAUAGAGAUCAAGGACGACGGGGAGCCGGUCCAGUCCGCCACCGUCACGGUGUCCAUCCUGCUGGAGGACGGUCUCCAUGAGCCCAUCUUAGACCUGAGACACAAAUCGAUGGUGGAGACGAGCAAGAAAACUGGGAGAAUCACCCUGUAUUUGAUUCUGUCUCUGGCCUCGGUGUCCGUUCUGUCUCUGGUGACUUUUGUCAUCUUGGCGGUGAAAUGCAUGAGGAGCAGCAGGAGCAGCGGUAGUUGCUGCAUGAGACGCAGCGACUGUGAUGAUUACAAGAACCCGAACAGGAACCUGCAGAUUCAGCUGAACACUGAUGGACCUAUAAAGUACGUGGAGGUCCUGGGAGGAGACAUGUUGUCUCAGAGUCAGUCGUUCAGGUCAUGUAUGUCUCCGAUGUCAGAGUACAGUGAUUUCACUUUGAUUAAGCCCAGCAGCACCACAGACUUUAAGGAGGUGAUCAGUGUUCUGGAUGCGUCUUUACCGGACAGCACCUGGACCUUUGAGAGCCAGCAGGUGAGCACAAAACAACCACUGUUUUAAAUAAAGUAAAUAAUC